UCCAUCUUCUCAUGAAAAAAGUGCACUCGAAGAAUUAUGUCACGGGGCCUCUCCCCAUCCCGGGGCUUUGGGCGCAGCGACCGGUGAAACUGUGGCGGACAGAAUCGCCGCUGCUGUUUUUUAAAGGCAUAGAGCAGCAAACCGAGAUGAAGGGGCAGCAGAAGAGCCCGGAUGACGACGGUGACGUUCCCAUAAUCGAUGAAGGUGAGCGCCAUAGAGAGUAUUCUAUGAUUUAUCAUAAUGGUGCUGUUGCCACAGCCGACGACCCAACUGCCAUCACCACCAUCCAGUCUGCAGCCACCUUCUCGUCUGAUCAACCAAUCAAGUACCUGUUCAAGACCGAAGGAGGCGGGUUGCCGGUAGGGGAGUUGUACCCUCCCUCAGGGCAGGUGACGUACCGGGUGAUCCAGGUGUCUGAUGGACAAGUGGACGGACAGACAGACGGUGCCUCUGCUGUUAGCGUGGUGACGGGCUUCCCCGCAACGACACAGACUGUCACACAGGCGGUGUUUUCCCAGUCUGAGGGACUGGAGGGGGAAGCCUCAGAGACUCACUACUACUACCCUGUCACUGAUGCCACACAGACUACCAUGGUUGAGAAUGUACAAGCGCCAGAAACACUGCUCACUCAGAGCACACCCACUGGUCAGCUAUAUGUGAUGAUGUCCCCACAGGACGUGUUGGGCGGAACAAACCAGAGCAAGUCAGAGCCUCCUCGUACAUCUAGAGAUGACAAGAGACGAGCCCAACACAAUGAAGUUGAGCGCCGACGCAGAGAUAAGAUAAACAAUUGGAUCGUCCAGCUGUCCAAAACCAUCCCAGACUGCACCCUGGAUGCGACGAAGAAUGGGCAGCACAUUGGGUGUCCUGGAGGGCAGGCAGUGUACCCCAGUGAUUGCGUUGGGCAGAGCCCUGCGGUUCCGAGCGGUGCAGUUGCCGUACCAGGCGGGGGAACAGGAUGCUCUCAAUUGUGCAUAUGUAAAAGUUUGUGAGCGUUUUAGGGGCCAAGCUGAAUUUCUUUAGCCUCCUUCUUCACCACACUGUCUGUGUGGGGGGACCAUUUCAGAUUGUCAGUGAUGUGUCCGCCGAGGAACUUGAAGCCUUCCACCUUUUCCACUGCGGUCCAAUUGAUGUGGAUAGAGGCGUGCUCCCUCUGCUGUUUCCUGAAGUCCAUGAUCAGCUCCUUCGUUCUGUUGAGGGAGAGGUUAUUUUCCUGGCACCACUCUGCCAGGGCCCCCACCUCCCUGUAGGCUGUCUAGUCAUUGUUGGUAAUCAGACCUACUACUGUUGUGUCGUUUGCAAACUUGAUUGAGUUGGAGGCGUGUUUGGCCACGCAGUCAUGUGUGAACAGGGUGUACAAGAGGGGGCUGAGCGUGGGGCCCCUGUGUUAAGGAUCAGUGAAGUGGAGGUGUUGUUUCCUACCUGGGGGUGGCCCGUCAGGAAGUCCACGAUCCAGUUGCACAGGGCGGGGUUCAGACCCCAGAUGGUGUUGAAUACUGAACUAUAGGCAAUGAAUAGCAUUCUUACAUAGGUAUUCCUUUUGUACAGAUGGGAUAGGGCAGUGUGCAGUGCGAUGGCAUUUGCAUGAUGUGUGGAUCUAUUGGGGUGGAAUGCAAAUCAAAGUGGGUCUAUGGUGUCAGGGAAGGUGGAGGUAAUAUAAUCCUUAACUAACCUCUCAAAGCACUUGAUGAUGAAAGAAGUAAGUGCUAUGAGGCGAUAGUCAUUUAGUUCAAUUACCUUUGUUUUCUUGGGUACAGGAACAAUGGUGGACAUCUUGAAGCAAGUGGGGACAGCAGACUGGGAUAGGGAGAGAUUGAAUAUGUCCGGAAACACUCCAGCCAGCUGGUCUGCUCAUGCUCUGAGGAUGCGGCUAGGGAUAUCGUCUGGGCCGGCAGCCUUGAGGGUUAACACGCUUAAAUAUCUUACUCUUGUUGGCCAUGGAGAAUGAGUCCACAAUCCUUGGGGAGUCGGCCACGUCGAUGGCACUGUGUUAUCCUCAAAGCGGGCAAAGAAGCUGUUCAGCUUGUCCGGGAGCAAGACGUCAGUGUCCGACAUGGCUGGUUUUCCUUUCGUAAUCAGUGAUUAUCUGUAGACCCUGCCACAUGCAGUGGUUCCUAAAUUUAAAGUUUUGAGAUUAUGCCGUGGGACUUAGAGGUAAUUUGUGGUUUAGUACGUUACCCUGCGUCACUGCUUCAUUGCGCCAGACCACCGGAAGGGGGAGUUAGAGCACUGAUUAUGCUUUUGGAAGCUUUAAAAACGUUAUUAUAUUCUUAAGAUGUAUGUUGACUGAAAUAUAAGAGGCAAGUGAUGUUUGCUAAAUAAUCAAGUUGAUGGCGUGGACAUAUCGCCUCGGCACUCAUUCAUGGCUUUGGAUCAAAAUAAAUAAGUACCAACUUUCUUUCUGAUAGUCUAGAAGUCAAAAAUAGAAAAUAGAAGUGAUUAUAAACUCAGCAAAAAAAGAAACGUCCUUUUUUCAGGACCCUGUCUUUCAAAGAUAAUUCAUAAAAUCCACAGAUCUUCAUUGUAAAGGGUUUAACCUGUUGGAACUCUAGGGGCGCAAUUUCAUUUUUGGAUGAAAAACGUUCCCGUUUUAAACAAGAUAUUUUGUCACAAAAAGAUGCUCGACUAUGCAUAUAAUUGCUACUGUUCGAAAGAAAACACUCUGACGUGUCCAGAAAUACAAAGAUCUUCUCUGUGCGUGCCCUUUAACGUGAGCUUCAGGCAAAACCAAGAUGAGAUGGCAUCCAGGAAAUGACAAGGAUUUUUGAGGCUCUGUUUGUCAUGAUCUCCUUAUAUGGCUGUGAACGCAAGAGGAAUGACUCUGCCCUUUCUGUCGUUUCCCCAAGGUGUCUGCAGCAUUGUGACGUAUUUGUAGGCAGAUCAUUGGAAGAUUGACCAUAAGAGACCACAUUUACCACGUGUCCGCCCGGUGUCCUGCGCCGAAAUUGGUGCGCAAAAGUCACCUGCCAGUAUUUUUCCAAACAAUACAGAGAGUAAAGCAAGCUUCCACGAACUGCAUGUCAAUGAAGAGAUAUGUGAAAAAACACCUUGAGGACUGAUUCCAAACAACGUUUGCCAUGUUUCGGUCGAUAUUAUGUAGUUAAUCCGGAAAAAGUUUUAC